AUGUUGCCGGUCUUGGCGACACUGGCGGCGGCGAACGACGUGCUGGACGAGGCUUAUGCUGUGUCUUUGAAUGCAAGUAACGCUUUCGGUGCCAUAGAAGGCAUGUACAUAGCUGACUCAGACUUCAAGUUUGACCAGAACGUUCACGAAUACAAGGUCAAGGUUGACAGCUGCUGUGACUAUAUCGAGCUGCUGUUCCGUGUGAACUCGUGGACACGAGCUCGGUAUGCUACCGAAAAAAGUGAUGUGGCGCAGAAUGAGCGUUCCGGUGGCAGUGAGGGCGCCACAUCAUUGAUAGACAGGAUCGGCGCAAGUGUUUGGGCACUGUUCGGAAAACAGACGAGCCAUGAGGGAGACGAGGGAAUGUCAGUGCCCCAGGUUGAUGAAAAUGCGUCAAAAGAGGAAGAUGUAGCGCCGCCGGUGAAGGAUAUGGGCGCGGUCGUUGGGGGAACGGACGACUUGGACGAGGUCGAAGUUCGUAUCGCCAUCAACGGCCAACAGAUAGAUCCCGCGGAUGAUGGGUAUGUGAUGAUACCCAUACGCUGUGGCACUACGAGCAAUUUCUCUGUGGAGGUGACCUCGUUACGGGAAUACCAGCCUGCGCAAACAGCCCACUACUUCCUUGCCGUUGAGGUACCAGGCGGGGGAAAAAACUAUCUUGAAGCGCUGGAAAUCACCCGAAGCGACGGCGCCCAGGCACGAGUGUACCCUGCACUAUCCAAAGCGUACCGGUCUUACACGGUCACAGGGAGUCACUUGCAGGGGGACCAGUUCACGAUAUACGCCGAGUGCAGGUACGGCCUUCCCUCCAUUGAUGGCCAGGAGGCAGCUAGCAAUGUGGCCACGAUCGAGUUGAAGGACGAACACGUCAACAGAUACGUGAAAAUCACAUGCGGAGAAGUACAUAAGGAUGAGGGGGAUGAAGUUGUCGAGGAGACCGUGCACACCGUCACGUUCGCCACGUUCGCGGGAGAAGGCGUUCCACCGCCGAUUACAAUACUGCCGCUCUUUGACUCGAAGAAGUGCGAAGCUAUGGCAGACACGCCCGAUGGUAACGGGUUGAUUGUGUGCGCGGACUCGACCCACCGAUUCUCCCCCUUGAUCGUAGAGACUGACCCCAAUUACACAUACGUUAUACCCACGUCGUAUGUGGUAGAUGGCUACGUCAAGGAAGUUCACGAGCACGAUGAGGAAUUCAUCAGAGUGCGGACUGGCGUAGUCACUCCAGUGUUCGAUAUGUCCGAAGGCAUAGUUAUUCACGGCAUGAGCGACCAUGAGUUCAAGACGUUCGUCGUGACAUCUAGGGCGGCGGGGAAGCGUGCCACGGACAUGCAGCAGACAAUAGUCGCAGCGCUCAUAGUGGUAGCUUACUGGGCCAGCAUUCUGACCACGGUACUGCCGCAUAUCGUGAGGGUCCAAUUUGGCGUCAUAUUCGAGACGGUGCCUGUCACGGGAGAACCGCUCCUCUACCUGGCCCAAGUCAUUUGUGCAGGAGCCGACGAAAAGACGAGCAAAAUAUGCAGCCGCUUCAUCAUGUUGCCGAGCAAGAGAUAUAGCACCAAGUCGCCAUUACAGAUGCUGUUCCAGUUCUAUGUGAGUGGCCCUGAAUGUGAAACACUUAUCUGCCGUAGGGGUGCAUCGCGGUUCUAUUACUGCUGUUGUUAG